CAUUGUGCUGAUUAAUCAUCUUGCAAAUUAUUAAAAAAAAAGUAUAUGUUUAGUUAAAGAUGGGCGAUUUUGAAGAAUAUUAAAUGAUAAAUGUAUGGUUUUUGAAUCUUAUUAAUUUGAUAAGUUUUUUAGAUGUAGAUUAUAAUCUUCAGAAUCAUCUCUUAUGUUGGGACUUUGGGAGUGUGACUAGCGCCACGAGCGGCGAAGUCCCUUUGCUGGAAAUCCAAUGGAUGGCCAAUACUUUCGGCUUGGUACUUAGUUGAUGAUGAUGAUGAUGACAGAUCGGGAAGACAUGGAGUGAGGCAGGUUCGCCGAUUCGUGAUAUUUUCCAGUAUUUUCCAGGCCGAGAGAUUUUCCAUCGGGCAUCCGACAAGAAAGUGGCGUCCCUUUUCCAACGGCCGUCUCCCGGCUUUGACGAAUCUGUUUCCAACCGGAGCGGACCUGGCGGUCCGACUGAAUCCGGGUCGCGGACGAGCUUUUUAUUAUUGUAAAAUAUUCUUUUUAAAGAAAGCUUUCGCCUUUUCCCCGUCCGUGGAUUCCUGUUUUCUCAAGGAAAAUGAACCAUUCUUGAAAAGAAUAUUUCUUGGUGAAGUAAGGUGAAGAAAGCUAUGUGGUGUAAGAAUUAUGUAUGGUAUUUCGGAUAUAGACAUGAAACCGGCGAUGGAGGCAACGGAAUCCUUGAAAUCGCUGAAUGAAAACAGCACAAAAACAAAGCGUUCGCGAUCACACAACCACAGAUCUUCUCAUCGGAGUUAUUCGCAUAAGAACUCAAGGAACAGGGAAGACGAAAACAUGGCACCUUUCCAAACAGCUGUCACAGUCGAUGAGACGAGGAACGGCCAAGAGGUUAUCGAGGUACAAAUCCUCCCUCAGGACGACAAUUGGGGCGAAAACACGACCGCAGUCACUGGCAAUACUUCAGACCAGUCAGGCUCGGUCGAAGAGGUCAACUUAUGGCCUAGCGAGCCUGAUGCGGGCAUCGGCUUCACCUGUAGUCGCUAUGUCAGCACAGCUAUAGCAAUUCUGCUCUCAUUUGUCGCUUUCGUCAGUCCUAUUCUUAUGCUUAUACUUCCAAAGAUUGGGUUUUUUCCUUCCCUUGGUGCGAGCCUGAGUGCUGCUGAGAGGGCGCAAUUGCUUUCUUGUGGCGCUGAAUGCAAAGGUCUUUUGGUUUCGCUCUGCUUCAAAUUAUUGCUUCUAGCAGCUGGCGCUUGGGCGGUGUUCUUAAGAAAGUCGAGAGCAACAUUGCCUUGUAUAUUCAUGUUCCGCGCAGCAGUAUUGCUUCUAGUAUUUAUAUGUUGCUUUACUUACUGGCUGUUUUACAUUGUGCAAAUCACUGAAGGUGCGAGGGAAUCGGUGACGAGUAAAGAAUCAUUAGAGUACAGAGCUUUAGUGGCUUAUGCGGCUAGUUUAACUGAUACUUUACUGUUUAUUCAUUAUUUGGCAGUCAUUUUAAUUGAAAUUAGGCAUUUACAACCGUCUUAUUAUGUCAAGAUUGUAAGAAGCCCGGAUGGAGAAAGCAAAUCUUAUGCGAUAGGCCAGUUAAGCAUUCAAAGAGCUGCUGUGUGGAUAUUAGACAAGUAUUAUACCGAAUUUCAAAUCUACAAUCCUUACCUGGAGAGGAUACCUGUGUCUAAAUCCAGGAAGCCGACAUCUAGUUUCAAAUACUAUGAGGUCGAUGGCGUCAACACUUCCACAUUACAGAACCAGAAUAGAAGCGUUACUAAUUCCCAUGCCCGGAGAAGAGACUCGAGUCACAAUGAGCGUUUUUAUGAGGAGCACGAUUAUGAGCGUAGAGUGAAGAAACGACGUGCGAGGCUAAUAACGGCUGCCGAAGAAGCGUUUACGCAUAUCAAGCGGCUGCACCAUGAGCCGGUCAACUAUGUUCCCAACCAUACAAGGCAUCACAACUUGGAAUCACCAGGGUUGCCAAUGGACUCUCACGAAGCGGCACAAGCUGUAUUUCCAUCUUUGGCAAGAGCUUUACAGAAGUACCUUCGCGUGACAAGGCAGCAGCCUAGGCAUAGUGUAGACUCGAUUCUUCAGCAUUUGGCGCAGUGCCUUAGCCACGACCUUUCCCCCAGGGCUUUCCUCGAGCGCUUUCUCCAGCCAGCUCCCGUCCUUCAGAACGAAAAGGAACAGAAAGAAGUACAAUCUUGGUCUCUCAUCUGUGACGAGGCUCUUUCUCAGCCUGUGAAACCCGGCACAGUUUUCCAACUGCGCCAAAACGAUGUCUCGCUCUUUUGCUCUAUUCACAUGCUCCCGCAUUUUAACAUUACAGAGGAGGUGAUCGACCCAGCCAGCAACAGGUUUGUACUCAGGCUAAAUUCAGAGACGUCAGUCUGACCUAAAGCGAACGACUGUCAUACGAGGUUUAUAUGACAGCUAGUUUAAUAUGUGAUAAUUAUAAUACUCAAUGUACUAAGCACAUCUCAUACUCGGAAGGCAUUUUGGGGAAAACUACUUUUAGCUACUGUUCUUUAGACAAAUUAACUCUUUCCUAGAGGUGCCUGAGAUUACUUAGUUGAUUUUUUAUGUGUGUAUGUAAAUAUUCUGUGUAGUGAUAAUUUAAAACUUAAGGCAACAUUAUUAAAGUAGGUUAUUGUGUUCUUUGGGAGCUGUUAAUUGAAAAAAUUAGACUUUUUCCUACAAUAUUAUGAAAAAUCAAAAAUUUAUUUUAACUGGGAAUCAUCCAAAAUAUUCUGGAGGAAGCGAGAAAAUUGAAUUUGUAUUCAUUCCUGCCUGAAGAGAAGACUUUUGUUAACAACAAUAAACCUUUCAGGCUUUGCACCAAAAAUUUUUUUAAAUUAACAAAAAAAAUCAAUAUUGAAAAUUGCUGUUUAUUAUCAGCAGAUUAGUGAAAAAUUAUUUAUUUGCUGGAUUUAUUUAGUGGGGCAAUAAAGAAAUGUGGCGCUUGAAAAUGGGUCCCCGGGGGGUAAAAAAUUUCAAAUUUUUAUUCCAGUCGGAGAAAGUUAUGGUCUUGUACAGAAUAAUAAUAAUUGCCGUUAUUUUUUAAAUAAAUAUUUGAUUGAUGCUGAUAAAUAAAUUGACAACAAAAUUGAAUAUAACCGUAUGGUUUUGUGGUCUAAUAAACCGCCCUAUCUAUUUUAGUUUUAAAUUUUAACAUAAUUAAUUAUGAAUAAAAGUUCAUAAUUUAAUGAUUUGAGAUUAAAACUUGAUUUUUAUGACCAGAUCAUGCUGUUUUAUUGCUGUGGAUAAACAGAAACAGUUAAUUUUUUACCAUAUUGCCACAAAACUAUAUAGCAGUUUCUUUGGUGUAAUAAACAGGAAGACCCUUCUUUGCAUAAGACUGAAUUAGCUGUAAGUUCAGCUUUUUCAGUAUUGUGAAGCAGGGUGUUGGCUGUAAUUUUUUAAAACUGUCUUUUUUCUUUUUCUCCUGGCAUAUCCGGUUCUGUCCAUUAGGGUCACGAGGGCUGGCGUGGAGGAUAAACUGUCUGUGAUGGAGAAGUGUCUUAUCUUAGAGUCGAGCUCUGAGAAGCUGCGACACUGACCUGCAGCAGUAACCUCUUGCUCUCCUCGUCGUAUGCAUUUAUGGACAGUUGGUAUUUGCACCGUUGUUCGAGCACUUCCCCCCUUUUAAUAUGUUGGUUGUAACACUGUUGAUUGUUUUAAAUGUAUCCCUCAUUUCCAGUGUUGACCCAACGUACCUUUUUUUAUAGAUAAUUUCCGACACCUAUUUAGAGUAGCCCUUUUCUUUUUUUAUACCCCUUUAAUUCCAGCAUGUUAUUAAGUUUUAUAUUUUGAUCGUUUCUUCUUUUAGUUUUUAUUUUAAAAUCUAUUCAGAUGAGAAAACUAAUUUAGUACCUUCUUUUUUUUUAAAUAGUAGAUUUUUCUUAGAGAUCACAGGACAAAAAUUAUUAACCAGGUAUGAAAUGCCUUUAAUCAAUCACAAUAAAUAAUAAAUAAUAAAUUGAAUAUAAUAUCGUAUUAUUACAAUUAUCAAAGUUUUGCAAAUUGUGAGAAAAUAUUUUUUAAUGCAUGAAUAAAAGACUGUUGGUUUGGAUAUUAAAUAUUUAAGAUGAAAAUAUUGCCUUUGUAUAACUGGCAGCUUAGUAUUCGCAUUGUAAAUGCUAUAAAACAAAAUUAUUUAUUUUUAUUUUAUUAAUCAAAUACGCAAUUUUCUCUUUGUACAUAUUUACACGUUAUUAUUAUUUUUUAUAGUGUAAAUAAUUUUAUAUCAAUGAUAAUUAUUGAAAAUAAUUACAAACAAAGACAAAAAACUUAAAACAUUCCAACAAAGACUUAAUAUUUAUUAAAUUAUCGAACAAGAAGAAAGUGCCAUUAAGCAUGAAUUCUUAAGCACAAGCAAUUUUUAAAAAAAGUUGCUCUGAAAAAUUUUUUUUUUGGUUGGGUUUCUAAC